CAGGCGCUGAUAUCCUGUGGCCCUGUCUGCUCAGAAACAGAGCUCAGUGAGUUGAUCACAGAACUCACAGGAAGCCUGCCCAGGACAUCGGCACACACUGACCUCAUGACAGAGACACGAGAGAGUGCAGAACAGAUCCCAUCAGGAGCACAACGACAACCUGUUAUACUUAUCCUCGACUCGCUUCUGCAACACCUGCCCUGGGAGAGUAUCCCUGUAUUACGAGGCCAGCCUGUGUGUCGUAUGCCCUCCCUGCACCACCUUCACAGUCAGCUUGUGUUGGAACAGGGGCAGGAGCAGUCAGCACUGAGGGACGGAGUGGACCCCAGGUCUACCUACUACAUCCUCAAUCCAGAAAACAACCUCCCAGCCACACAGGUGCACUUCCAGAAGAUGUUUGAACAGCAAGCUGGGUGGAGUGGCCUGACUGGUGUUGCUCCAACCAAGGAACAGUUCACUGCGGCUCUCACAGAUCAUCAGCUCCUUGUUUACUGUGGCCAUGGAGCUGGCAGUAAGUACCUGCCAGGGGAUGACAUACAAUUCCUGCACUGUCAGGCCACUGCCCUCCUAGUGGGCUGCAGUAGUGGCAGGCUGCAGGUGGAGGGACAACUGGAGCCUUACGGUAUGAUGCAGAACUACUUCCUGGCUGGAUGUCCAUGCGUGGUGGGCAACCUGUGGGAUGUGACAGACAAGGACAUUGACCGUCUUACAGAGGCUCUACUAAACAGCUUACUUAAGCCUGGUGAAGGCAAGUGUCUGGCCACAUUGCUAGCCAAGUCCCGCAGUGUGUGCAGACUGCCUUAUCUUAUUGGCUGUGCUCCUGUCGUUUAUGGUCUACCAGUCAAAUUUCGAUGACACAACUUCAUUACAUGUUACACUCUUUUGAAAAUAAGAGACUAGUGUGAGUGAAGAUGUUCCAGAGACUACAUAUUCCUACAGUUUUCUCACCAAAAGGCUGUCUGACUGUAGUAACAAUUAAUGUCACUAUGCAGGUAAUGUAUCAAUUCCGUUAUUGUAGGGUGUCUGGUUACGUGCAGUGGUCAACAGUGAUCUGUUGUAACUAAAAUGGGGUAAGCUAUAAGGCAUUGUUGCCAGUACUACAGUAUAUGUUACGGGGUAUUGUCAACAUUUCAGGGUUAAAUGUGCUGCAUGCAAAGGUUGAGCAGCGUUGACUUCUUUAAGAUGUGGAGAAUAUUGUAUAUACAUAUAUAUGGGUUAUUAGAAACAAACUUUUUGGGGAAAAAAUCUUGUUCUAGCUAACUCCUGUUGCAGUGGUUGUUAACAAGUUAAUGCCAGCGACAGUUCAUCUUAACAAUGUAUAUUAGUGUGUACCAGUUAUUUAUUUAAAUCAUGAUUAAAUAAAUGUUCUGUUAUGUUUUACAAUGUUAAUUGCAUUUUGUAUUGUACAUGUACAUGGCAGCAAUAUGCUUUUUUCAUGUGCUCAGUAUUCCAGAUCUUGUGCAGACAUUAACACACAACAGAAUAUACAUAUUGUGGCUGGGAUCAUCAUUAUUCAUGCUGUGUUGCUAAAUCACAUUUUUUUUUUUUAGACUUA